AUGAGUGGGCACUGCUUCCUGCAAGGAUUUUCUUUUUUCCUCCUCAGUGUCCUCGCGAGUGCUCAAGGCAGCGGACAGCUCCGCCUGAUGGACGGGGAGGGUCGCUGUGCCGGCAGAGUGGAGAUCCUUCAUCAGGGCUCCUGGGGCACCGUCUGUGAUGACGGCUGGGGCCUGAACAACGCCCAGGUGGUGUGCAGACAGCUGGGCUGUGGACAAGCCCUCGAUGCCACGGUCUCUGCUCACUUCGGGGAAGGAUCAGGCCAGAUCUGGCUGGAUGACGUGAAGUGCACAGGAAAGGAGUCCCACCUGUGGCAGUGCCCUUCCAGGGGCUGGGGAGAGCACAACUGCUGGCACAAGGAGGACGCGGGGGUCAUCUGCUCAGGAUUUCCUCGUCUGGCUGGAGGGGGUGGACCCUGCUCAGGGCGAGUCGAAGCACGUUCUGGAAGAGACUGGAUUCCAGUGACUGAUGAGAACUUCACAUGGCCCACUGCCCAGGUCAUCUGUGCGGAGCUGGGCUGUGGCAAAGCUGUGUCUGUCCUGGUGGAUGUGCCCUCCAGAGGGUCAGAUGGACGGGUGUUGGCUGAAGAGUUCCGGUGUGAGGGCCAGGAGCCUGAGCUCAGUGUCUGCCCCAGGCCGCCCUGUCCAGGAGGUGCUUGCCAGCACAGAGGGGCUGUUCAAGUUGUCUGUUCAGCAUACACGGAAGUGCGGCUCAUGAAAAAUGGCACCUCUCAGUGUGAGGGCCAAGUGGAGGUGAAUAUUUCUGGAGGAUGGAGAGUGCUCUGUGCCUCCCACUGGAACAUGGCCAAUGCCAACGUUGUCUGUCGUCAGCUCGGCUGCGGAGUCGCCCUCUCUACCCCAGGAGGAGCCCACCUUGUGGAAGGAGGUGACCAGAUCUGGAAAGCCCAGUUUCACUGCUCAGGGGCUGAGUCCUUCCUGUGGAAGUGCCCGAUGACUGCCCUGGGCAUUCCUGGCUGUACCCACGGGAACACGGCCUCUGUGAUCUGCUCGGGAAAUCAGACCCAGGUGCUGCCCCAGUGCGACUCGGUGUCUGAACCAGCAGGCUCUGCAGCCUCAGAGGACAGCGCUGCCAACUGCUCAGAGAGCAGAGCGCUCCGCCUGGUGGACGGGGACAGUCGCUGUGCCGGCAGAGUGGAGAUCCUCCACAGGGGCGCCUGGGGCACCGUCUGUGAUGACGGCUGGGACCUGAACGAUGCCCGGGUCGUGUGCAGACAGCUGGGCUGUGGACAAGCCCUCAAUGCCACGGUCUCUGCUCACUUCGGGGCAGGAUCAGGCCGGAUCUGGCUGGAUGACGUGAAGUGCACAGGAAAGGAGUCCCACCUGUGGCAGUGCCCUUCCCGGGGCUGGGGACAGCACGACUGCGGACACUACAAGGACGCAGGGGUCAUCUGCUCAGAGUCCCUGGCGCUGAGGGUGGUAAGCGAGGACCAGGAGUGUGCCGGGUGGCUGGAAGUUUUCUACAAUGGGACCUGGGGCAGCGUCUGCCGCAGCCCCAUGGAAGCCAUGACCUUGUCCACGAUCUGCAGACACCUUGGCUGUGGGGACAGUGGGACCCUUGACUAUUCUAUUGAUUUUAGAGAAGGUUCCAGACCCCGGUGGGUGGAUGGAAUCCGGUGUCGGAACACUGAUAUGUCCCUCUGGCAAUGUCCUUCUGACCCUUGGAAACACAGUUCUUGCAGUCUGAAGGAGGAAGCUCAUAUCACAUGUGCAGGAAAGAGACCCAAGAGCUGUCCCACUGCUGCCCCCUGCACAGACAGAGACAAGCUCCGACUCAGGGAUGGAGACACCGAGUGCUCAGGGCAAGUGGAGGUUUGACACAGUGGCUCCUGGGGCACGGUGUGUGACAACUCGUGGAGCCUGGCAGAGGCCUAGGUGGUGUGUCAGCUAGGCUUUGGCUCUGCCCUGGAAGCCUUGCAGGAGGCGGCGUUUGGCCCAGGAGAUGGGCACGUCUGGCUGGAUAAGGUGCAGUGCAGGGGCAGGGAGUCCUCCCUGUGGGCCUGUGCUGCGGACCCCUGGGGGCAGAGCGACUGCAAGCACGAGGAGGACGCUGGAGUGAGGUGCUCCGGUAAAGGAUCAACAUUGCCAACCACUACAGCAGGGACCAGAUUAGGCCCACGUUCUGACCCUGGCAUCUUCUCUGUCCCUGGGAUCCUUUGCCUCAUCCUGGGAUCCCUUCUCUUCCUGGUCCUCGUCAUCCUGGUGAUUCAGCUGCACAGAUGGAGAGUGGAGCGCAAAGCCUUGUCCAGCUUUGAAGAUGUUCUUGACCAGGCCUUGUAUGAGGAGAUUGAUUAUAUUUUAACACCGAAGAAAGAGGAUCUACUGAGCAGCCCAGAGCCUCCAGGACACGUCAAUUCCAUAGGAAACAGUUAUGAUGAUGUUGAAGAGUUACCUGCUCCUGAAAUUCCCUCUCCCCCUUACAUGAGUGAGAAUUAUUUUAUCCCAAAAGAGGGAGGUGAUGUCUGGUAUCCCCAAAGAGGCAUCUCUCUACAGUCUCCUGGUGAAGCUGUCAACAUUAGCAUGAAAGAAAAAGGAUCCUCAUCGUUGUUGAGACAAGACCCUGGGUAUGAUGAUGUUGAGCUUAGCACCAUGUUUCCCCCCACCCCACCCCCAAUUUUUCAACCCUAUUACUCUGAUUACUCUGUGUCUGGGAAACCAGACACAGAUGCCAUCCCAGUGCAGCCCAGCUGCUCAGGCCGUGGAGAGCUCCGCCUGGCGGACGGGGAUAGUCGCUGUGCUGGCAGAGUGGAGAUCCUUCACCAGGGCUCCUGGGGCACCGUCUGUGAUGACGGCUGGGACCUGAACGGCGCCCAGGUCGUGUGCAGACAGCUGGGCUGUGGAGAAGCCCUCCAUGCCACGGACUCUGCUCACUUCGGGGAAGGAUCAGGCCGGAUCUGGCUGGAUGACGUGAACUGCACAGGAAAGGAGUCCCACCUGUGGCAGUGCCCUUCCCGGGUCUGGGGACAGCACGACUGCCGGCACAAGGAGGACGCAGGGGUCAUCUGCUCAGGAUUUGUGCAUCUGGCUGGAGGGGGUGGACCCUGCUCAGGGCGAGUAGAAGUGCGUUCUGGAACACACUGGAUUCAAGUGUCUGAUGGGAACUUCACGUGGCCCACUGCCCAGGUCAUCUGUGCGGAGCUGGGCUGUGGCAAAGCUGUGUCUGUCCUGGUGGAUGUGCCCUCCAGAGGGUCAGAUGAACAGGUGUGGGCUGAAGAGUUCCGGUGUGAGGGGCAGGAGCCUGAGCUCAGUGUCUGCCCCAGGCCGCCCUGUCCAGGAGGUGCUUGCCAGCACAGAGGGGCUGUUCAAGUUGUCUGUUCAGCAUACACGGAAGUGCGGCUCAUGAAAAAUGGCACCUCUCAGUGUGAGGGCCAAGUGGAGGUGAAUAUUUCUGGAGGAUGGAGAGUGCUCUGUGCCUCCCACUGGAACAUGGCCAAUGCCAACGUUGUCUGUCGUCAGCUCGGCUGCGGAGUCGCCCUCUCUACCCCAGGAGGAGCCCACCUUGUGGAAGGAGGUGACCAGAUCUGGAAAGCCCAGUUUCACUGCUCAGGGGCUGAGUCCUUCCUGUGGAAGUGCCCGAUGACUGCCCUGGGCAUUCCUGGCUGUACCCACGGGAACGCGGCCUCUGUGAUCUGCUCGGGAAACCAGACCCAGGUGCUGCCCCAGUGCGACUCGGUGUCUGAACCAGCAGGCUCUGCAGCCUCAGAGGACAGCGCUGCCAACUGCUCAGAGAGCAGAGCGCUCCGCCUGGUGGACGGGGGCAGUCGCUGUGCCGGCAGAGUGGAGAUCCUCCACCGGGGCGCCUGGGGCACCGUCUGUGAUGACGGCUGGGACCUGAACGAUGCCCAGGUCGUGUGCAGACAGCUGGGCUGUGGACAAGCCGUCAAUGCCACGGUCUCUGCUCACUUCGGGGCAGGAUCAGGCCGGAUCUGGCUGGAUGACGUGAACUGCACAGGAAACGAGUCCCACCUGUGGCAGUGCCCUUCCCGGGGCUGGGGACAGCACAACUGCUGGCACAAGGAGGAUGCGGGGGUCAUCUGCUCAGAGUUCCUGGCACUGAGGAUGGUGAGCGAGGACCAGGAGUGUGCCGGGUGGCUGGAAGUUUUCUACAAUGGGACCUGGGGCAGCAUCUGCCACAGCCCCAUGGAAGCCAUGACCUUGUCCACAAUCUGCAGACACCUUAGCUGUGGGGACAGUGGGACCACUGACUAUUCUGUCGAUUUUAGAGAAGGCUCCAGACCCCGGUGGGUGGAUGGAAUCCGGUGUCGGAACACUGAUAUGUCCUUCUGGCAGUGUCCUUCUGACCCUUGGAAAUACAGUUCCUGCAGUCUGAAGGAAGAAGUUCAUAUCACAUGUGCAGGAAAGAGACCCAAGAGCUGUCCCACUGCUGCCCCCUGCACAGACAGAGACAAGCUCCGACUCAGGGAUGGAGACACCAAGUGCUCAGGGCGAGUGGAGGUUUGGCACAGUGGCUCCUGGGGCACGGUGUGUGACAACACGUGGAGCUUGGCAGACCCAGAGGUGGUGUGUCAGCAGCUGGGCUAUGGCUCUGCCCUGGGAGCCCUGCAGGAGGGGGCGUUUGGCCCGGGAGAUGGGCGCGUCUGGCUGGAUGAGGUGCAGUGCAGGGGCAGGGAGUCCUCCCUGUGGGCCUGUGCUGCAGACCUCUGGGGGCAGAGCAACUGCGAGCACGAGGAGGACGCUGGAGUGAGGUGCUCUGGUAAAAGAUCAAUGUUGCCAAGCACUACAGCAGGGACCAGAUCUGGCCCAAGUCCUGACCCUGGCAUCUUCUCCCUGUCUGGGAUCCUUUACCUCAUCGUAGGAGCCCUUCUCUUCCUGGUCUUCAUCAUCCUGGUGAUUCGGCUGCACAGAUGGAGAGUGGAACACAGAGCCUUGUCCAGCUUCGAAGAUGCUCUUGACCAGGCCUUGUAUGAGGAGAUUGAUUAUAUUUUAACACCAAAGAAAGAGGAUCUACUGAGCAGCCCAGAAUCCCUGUCAGAUGACUCGGUGACAAAACUGCCAUAUUACACCAGGGAUGGUGAGUAGAACAGUGACUAUAAAUCUGCUCUAGGUAAAGCCCCAGCACAGAGGACUGAUGCCUUUAGCGACAAUUACGAUGAUGCAGAAGACGUACCAAUGUCCAAGGCUCCUUCUUCCUCUCAGAUGGGUGAGCAGGAAGUGUCCGCAGAAGAGAAUGGGGUGAGAGCUUCUCAGACAGGAAACCAGACCCAGGUGCUGCCCCGGUGCGACUCAGUGUCUGAACCAGCAGGCUCUGCAGCCUCAGAGGACAGCGCUGCCAACUGCUCAGAGAGCAGAGCGCUCCGCCUGGUGGACGGGGGCAGUCGCUGUGCCGGCAGAGUGGAGAUCCUCCACCGGGGCGCCUGGGGCACCGUCUGUGAUGACGGCUGGGACCUGAACGAUGCCCAGGUCGUGUGCAGACAGCUGGGCUGUGGACAAGCCAUCAAUGCCACGGUCUCUGCUCACUUCGGGGCAGGAUCAGACCGGAUCUGGCUGGAUGACGUGAAGUGCACAGGAAAGGAGUCCCACCUGUGGCAGUGCCCUUCCCGGGGCUGGGGACAGCACGACUGCUGGCACAAGGAGGACGCAGGGGUCAUCUGCUCAGAGUCCCUGGCGCUGAGGGUGGUGAGCGAGGACCAGGAGUGUGCCGGGUGGCUAGAAGUUUUCUACAAUGGGACCUGGGGCAGCGUCUGCCACAGCCCCAUGGAAGCCAUGACCUUGUCCACGAUCUGCAGACACCUUGGCUGUGGGGACAGUGGGACCCUUGAUUCUUCGGUCAAUUUUAGAGAAGGUUCCAGACCCCGGUGGGUGGAUAGAAUCCAGUGUCGGAACACUGAUAUGUCCCUCUGGCAGUGUCCUUCCGACCCUUGGAAACACAGUUCUUGCAUUCUGAAGGAGGAAGCUCAUAUCACGUGUGCAGGAAAGAGACCCAAGAGCUGUCCCACUGCUGCCCCCUGCACAGACAGAGACAAGCUCCGACUCAGGGAUGGAGACACCGAGUGCUCAGGGCGAGUGGAGGUUUGGCACAAUGGCUCCUGGGGCACGGUGUGUGACGACUCGUGGAGCCUGGCAGAGGCCGAGGUGGUGUGUCAGCAGCUGGGCUGUGGCUCUGCCCUGGAAGCCUUGCAGGAGGCGGCGUUUGGCCCAGGAGAUGGGCGCGUCUGGCUGGAUGAGGUACAGUGCAGGGGCAGGGAGUCCUCCCUGUGGGCCUGUGCUGCGGACCCCUGGGGGCAGAGCGACUGCAAGCACGAGGAGGACGCUGGAGUGAGGUGCUCUGGUAAAAGAUCAACAUUGCCAACCACUACAGCAGAGACCAGAUAUGGCCCAAGUCACGUCCCUGGCAUCUUCUCUGUUCCUGGGAUCCUUUGCCUCAUCCUGGGAUCCCUUCUCUUCCUGGUCCUCAUCAUUCUGGUGAUUCAGCUGCACAGAUGGAGAGUGGAGCACAGAGCCUUGUCCAGCUAUGAAGAUGUUCUUGACCAGGCCUUGUAUGAGGAGAUUGAUUAUAUUUUAACACCGAAGAAAGAGGAUCUCCUGAGCAGCCCACAGCCUCCAGGACAUGCCAAUGCCAUAGGAAACAGUUAUGAUGAUGUUGAAGAGUUACCUGCUCCUGAAAUUCCCUCUCCCCCUUACAUGAGUGAGAAUUAUUUUUUCCCAAAAGAGGGAGGUGAUGUCUGGUAUCCCCAAAGAGGCAUCUCUCUACAGUCUCCUAGUGAAGCUGUCAAAACUAGCGUGAAAGAGAAAGGAUCCUCACUGGUUCUGAGACAAGACCCUGGGUAUGAUGAUGUUGAGCUUAGCACCAUGUAGUGCCAUUCUUGGAGCAAGUAA